CUUUAUCCCGCUAACCCGAGUUGCACCCAGAGGAGUGUUUCGUUGACGGACUGUCAGAUGACAUAAUGGUAAACACAGUAAGUCAAGCCACAAACACCAUCCAGCUGAUGCCCCAGCCGUCACCCGAUUGGCCAGAAGAGUGUAAAUCAGCUGAUGUAUGAUUUUGACUCUAGUCCCUCAGCAAUUGAGACAAAGGAGAAGGACUUUGCUGCUUUUUGCUCCCAAAUGUGAGUGUGUCUGGCUGCGUAAGGUAGUUUGCCACCCAGAUUGGAUUGGAAAGUCCCAGCUCCUGCCAGUCCUGGCAUGAAACCGCAGUAGCUCCCCGGAGAAUAUACUGACUCACUUAGCAGAGCUAGUGGAGCAUCAUUAAAAAAUAGAAGACUGUAGCCCUGGAUGAGGGUACUGUCUUCAUGCAGAGGGCAGAUCGCAGCUUAAGGCAGCAGUUUUUGAAGUUUGUGAACUGCUUGGGUUUUGUUUUGUUACUAGCUUGUCAGCGUACCUGACACACCUGCGUUUGUCCAACUGUCAGCUGAUUUUUGUUUAUUGGCCAUGCAGAUUCUGCUAACAGGGAUUUUAAACCCUUUUUGGAUAGCUGUCUAGUUGUAAGAUUUCCAGCUCAGGGAAAGCCUGUCCUGGUACAGCCAUGGAGGGUCUUGAGCAGCUGGACAUGGUGGGUGAUAUCAGCCCAGCUUUGGAGGCCACAGAGGAUUUCAUCCACUGCAUGGAUAGGAUACAAGGCCAAGGUACAAGCCAGGCUCAAACAGGGAACCUUCAGCCUGCCAGGCAGUCGAAGCAGCUGCAGGAGGUAUCUAAUGCAGCGCUGGGCAAGCUGAGCUCCAGUGGCGUGUGGAACCUGCUAGCUGGAGAGCAGCCGGAGGUGGGGCCUCUAGGCCUAGCUUGGGCCGAUAACGUCAGUGUUUUGGGGCUAGGAGUGGGUUUGAGGCACGGCAAGAGAAGCCGAGCGCGUUCCACCAAUGACUUGGCUGCCCAUACCAACGAGUGCACCAACAACACCACCAACUCCUCAUCUAACUCUGCGUUUAAGAAGGGACACAGCCGGUCCAGGUCAGAUGUCCACUACCGUCCGUCUGCCUGCACCGACAAUGGUCUGCCCACAGUGGACUGCAACACCCUGAAGAACAUGAUCCUCAACCACCAGCAGGAGGCUGAUAAAAGCAGCAGUAGCAGUGUGGUGAAGCAGUGUGAGAUGGAGCAGCGUGAGGGGCCCCGAGGCCGCUGGACACCCUGCCAUGUUGAGCUGACGCCUUGCGAGCUCCGCCUGUACGCUCUGGACAGCAGUGCCAACCGCCAGCUGGGCACUGCCUACUCACUGUCACACUGCCAGAGCGUCAUCUCUCCGGCACCCUGCAGCCAGCCCGGCCAGAUCAUCCAGCCCGCAGACCAACGCACGAUCCAGGCUGUCUUCUUCAACAGCACACGUCUUCAGCUGAGGGCGGCCAGCCAAUGGGAAGCCAUGGAGUGGAGACGGCUGAUUUGGGAGAAGGUGCAGGCAGCCAGACCCAUGAGGCAGGAGAAUCGUCAGCAUAAAAGCGGAGUAGAAAAUCAUCAUGUUGUGAAGUUUCCUGCACCCAUGUCACCUUCGUCUUCGCCUUCUCCUUCUGGGCUCGACACCAGGCCUGAUGGCGAAAGCGACACCCCGACUUCAGCAGAGGCAUCGCUCUGUCUUCCACCUAAUUCUGUUGUCCUGAGCAGACCCACCACCCUGCCUUUGUUCACGCAGUCGUGCCAGGACGUUCUCAGAGUCGGUCUACUGUACCAGCUGACGGAUCAGAACAACUGGCGGGCUUUCACUUUUGUCCUCACCAGAUCUGUUCUGCAGGCCUUCCCUACAGAAGGCCGUGGGUCUGUGUCCCAACCUGUUCUCCAGUACUCGCUGGCGUCCUGCAUUGCUGUUCAUCAUGAUCAUGAGUUAGAGAAUGGAGAGCCAUGGACGGGGAAAGGGGAAUUUUUUCAGGCUGUUUUCCCAACAGAGGUACUCAAACUUCGUGCUGAUGGUCACCUCAAGGCCCAGGAGUGGGUGGAGACCUUGCGGGAGGCAGUCAGAACACAGAGGCCUGCACAAGAAGGGACAGAACCAGGAGUAGGACCUCCUGGUCUCCAAGGGGUGCUAUUGAGAUCAAAUCCAUCCAGGGACAGGAGGCAAAGGGACGCACAGAGAGCAAAGCGACAGUCGGUCACCACCAGUUUCCUCAGUAUUCUCACCUGUCUGGCUGUGGAGAAGGGGCUCACUGCUCAGAGCUUCAGGUGUGCAGGUUGUCAGCGUCCCAUUGGUCUGUCCAGAGGAAAGGCGAAGGUUUGUUACUAUAGUGGCUGGUACUACUGCCAAAGCUGCCAUCAGGACAACUCUUUCCUUAUCCCAGCACGCCUGCUGCACAACUGGGACACCAGCAAGCACAAGGUGUCCAAACAGGCCAAGGAGUUCCUGGAGUUUGUGUAUGAAGAACCACUGCUGGACAUCCAGCAGCUUAACCCCUGUCUGUACGAACACUGUGAGCCUCUGAGCAUAGUCCUGCGUCUCCGUCAGCAGCUCCAGUCACUGCGGGCCUACCUGUUCAGCUGCCGAGCAACCGUUGCUGAGGACCUCAGACGAAGGUAUGAACACUGUGGGACUGAGGUGCAUUUCUGUAGCCCAGCAGUUAUUUACUUUAUGUGAGCAGUAAUGAGGAGGUACGCAAAUAUUUUACAAAUUGAAAUGUCUCGUGCUG